AUGUCGGCGUCGGAUCUUCCUGACGAGCUUUGGGCGCGCGUCCUGGAGCUGGGCGCCGCGUCGUCCGCGCUGGGGUUCCGCGACCUCUGCUGCCUCGCCAUCGCCUCCCGCCGCCUCGGACGCCUCUCGCUUCACCCCGCCCUCUGGUCGGCGCUCCUCUCUCGCGACUUUCCCUGGCAAUCCCAACCCUCCUCGUCCUCCACCUCCACCUCCCAGCAGCAGCAGCAGCUUCACCCCAAAUCCCUCUACAAAACCAAGUUCGAGAGGCACAAGGUGCGGAUCGCGGAGGCCAGGCGGCGGGCUGUGUGCGAGGCGGAGGCGCGGGUGCUUGCGUCAAAGAGGCGGCUGGCGGAGCUGGAGGAGUCGAUGCGGGCAGAGGGUGAGAGGAUGAAAGCCGCCGCGCAGGAGCUGGACAACCUUGAGAGGGUCAGGAGAGCUUCUGUGGCAUUAAAUGUAUGGCAACCACAAGUUGUUCGUGGUCGCCAGAAGCAGUUGGUUCAGCAAUGCACGGUUUCUGUCAAUUCUCGUGUUAGUGAUCUUAACAUGGAGCUGAAAAACAAGGAGAAGCACAAGCUGAAUGAGUAUGAGGAAGCAUUGAAAAGAGCAAAAUAUCAUCCGCUGCAGGAUAGCCAUACAAGCGGAGUUAUCAAUGAGCCACGUGCAAAGAGGAAGAAACUGAAGUAA